ACGCGGGUCCUGCGCACGCUGCGGGGCCGCAGCCGCCGGGCGGUGGGCGCCCGAGGGGCCGGGAGGCGAGCCGGGGCCCCCAGGCGGGCGUGGGCACCGUGUCCACAGCCAGCGUCCCCGAGGCCGCGCUCGGGCCAUGAUGACUCGGUGAAGCUGCGCUGCGACAGCGCGGCCGACUUCUUCCCUGUGUCCAGUAGUGGUCUGGAGGGCUAAGGAAGCCUGCCUUUCAAUUUGAGGGAGCAGAGGGUUUGAGUUAUUUGUCAAGGUGUAAAGAACUCUACCACUCUUAAGACAGUAAACUUCACGGGGUGUAAUCUGACAUGGCAGGGAGCAGAUCACAUGGCCAAGAUCUUAAAGGCAUCUUAAUUUCAUCCCAUUAAAUCUUUGAAGUAUCAGACUACCAGAAGGCAUGAAGAAACCUGGGCUGAGAGUCUUCGCUCCAGGAGACCUGAUCUUGACUGUAUGGCUGGUUUGAGGCGCAUCACUCUGAACUGCAACACGCUCAUUGGUGACCUGGGUGCAAGUGCUUUGGCAGAAUCUCUUAGUGAGGAUUUAUGGCUUAGAGUGUUGAAGACGUACAUGGAAAAUACUCAUCAGAAAAAAGUGAUUUUCAGUAAGCGGAAGAGCCUUCCGUGUAUUGCACCACUUUUAACCACGGUGGAGGAGACUCCGCAGAUCAUCUCUGCUCGAGUCCGGGGACAUUUUCCUAAGUGGCUCAAUGGCUGUCUGCUUCGAAUUGGACCUGGGAAGUUCGAGUAUGGGAAGGAUAAGUACAAUCACUGGUUUGAUGGAAUGGCUUUACUUCACCAGUUCAAGGUGGAGAAGGGCACAGUGACAUACAGGAGCAAGUUUCUACAGAGUGAUACAUAUAAGGCCAACAGUGUUCAUGAUCGAAUUGUGAUCUCAGAAUUUGGCACAUUGGCUCUCCCUGAUCCAUGCAAGAAUGUUUUUGAACGUUUCAUGUCAAAAUUUGAACCGCCUGCAAUUACUGACAACACCAAUGUCAACUAUGUGCAGUACAAGGGUGAUUACUACAUUAGUACGGAAACCAACUUCAUGAAUAAAGUGGACAUUGAAACCCUGGAAAAAACAGAAAAGGUAGACUGGAGCAAAUUUAUUGCUGUGAAUGGAGCAACUGCACAUCCUCAUUAUGACAAAGAUGGAACAGCAUACAACAUGGGGAACUCCUAUGGGCAACAUGGUUCUUGCUAUAAUGUUAUUCGGGUUCCUCCGGAGAAGGUAGACCUUGGGGAGACAAUCCAUGGAGCCCAGGUGAUAUGUUCUAUUGCUUCUGCAGAGAGGAUGAAACCUUCUUACUACCACAGCUUUGGAAUGACAAGGAACUACAUUGUCUUCAUUGAACAGCCUCUAAAGAUGAAUCUGUGGAAAAUCAUCACUUCUAAAAUUCGGGGAAAGGCCUUUUCAGAUGGAAUAAGCUGGGAACCCCAGUAUAAUACACGGUUUCAUGUGGUGGAUAAGCACACUGGUCAGCUUCUUCCAGGGAUGUACUACAGUAAACCUUUUGUUACUUUUCACCAAAUCAAUGCCUUUGAGGACCAGGGCUGUGUCGUAAUUGAUUUGUGCUGUCAGGAUGAUGGAAGAAGCCUAGAAGUUUACCAACUACAGAAUCUUAGGAAAACUGGGAAAGAGCUUGAUCAGGUCUAUAAUUCAGUAGCCAAAUCUUUUCCUCGAAGGUUUGUUUUGCCCUUACAUGUCAGUUUGAAUGCCCCUGAGGGAGAGAACCUCAGCCCGUUGUCCUAUUCUUCAGCCAGUGCUGUGAAACAGGCUGAUGGAAAGAUUUGGUGUUCUUAUGAAAAUCUAUAUCCUGAGGACCUAGAAGAGGAAGGAGGUGUUGAAUUUCCCCAGAUCAACUAUGGCCAAUUCAGUGGCAAAAAGUAUCAGUUCUUCUAUGGCUGUGGCUUUCGGCAUUUGGUGGGCGAUUCUCUGAUCAAGGUUGACGUGGUGAACAAGACACUGAUGGUUUGGAGAGAAGAUGGCUUUUAUCCCUCAGAACCUGUUUUUGUUCCAGUACCAGGAACCAAUGAAGAAGAUGGUGGGGUUAUUCUUUCUGUGGUGAUCACUCCCAACCAGAAUGAAAGAAAUUUCCUCCUAGUCUUGGAUGCCAAGAACUUUGAAGAACUGGGCCGAGCAGAGGUGCCUGUGCAAAUGCCUUACGGGUUCCAUGGCACCUUCGUGACCAUCUGAUGGAACAUCCACAAGGUCUGGGAACUCGGUUUUAAAUGAAUGUGCUCUGUACAAAAGAGAGAGCAAAGGUGCACCUUACCUUCCAAACCAUAGACAUCUGGUUUUAAAAUUUCUAUUAAAAAUGGAAUUCAUGAGAUAAUUAUGGUUUUAUAUUUUCUUAGGGAUCUUCCUUGAAAACAUUAAGCAAGUGUUGAUACAACCUUUUGAAGAGAGUUUUAAAUUUAUAUUUACUGGAUAUAUUUUAUAGGUAAUAAGAAUACGUGAAAGAAGAACUAGACCUGAUUAUCACCACCAGAUAAGUGGGUGACAGAGGUUCCCUCACUUGGGAGAAGAAAUACAGAUAACUAUAGCUAGUAUAAUAUGAAUAUAGGUCUGAAAAACCCCUUGUUUUUUCCAUUACAGCCUGCCUGUUGCUACUGGUCCUAAGGUACUCACAGAGGAUGUCAUGCUUGGAGGCUCCUUCUAAACUGGCUAUUUCUCUGCUGUCCAGAGCAGAUGCCACUGCAGUUGAACCACCCAGUACCACCUCCUACCCUGCCCCCAGCUCAGCCUUGGGAGGCUGUUGU